AGGUGGCUGCGGUGAGCGGCUCCCACAGAUAACGCUGAUGCCUAUAUGUCUUGCUGCUGCCGCCCGCGCUCUCGCGAGAACAUGCAGAUGAGCGUCGCGGGCGCGCGUUGUGUGUGCGCAGCCGGUCGGGGCCUGCGGACGUCUGUGUGUCAGUGAGACGAGACCUGGGUGUGCCGGGCCCCGGAGUCGGACGGAGCGGAGAGGCUGCGGCACGGAGCGGCCUCGGACUCCUCCUGAGCGAGCACUCGCAUACAGGGAGAGGGAGCCGUGGGCAGGGAAGGACCCGGGGCUGGGAGGGGGGAGGGAAUGAAGAUGGCGGACGCCAAACAGAAGCGGAACGAGCAGCUGAAGCGCUGGAUCGGCUCGGAGACGGACCUGGAGCCGCAUAUCAUCAAGCGGAAGAAGACCAAGGUGAAGUUCGACGAUGGGGCCGUGUUCCUGGCCGCCUGCUCCAGUGGGGAUAGCGAGGAGGUGCUCAAGCUGCUGGACCGGGGGGCUGACAUCAACUACGCUAAUGUGGAUGGGCUGACUGCCCUGCACCAGGCUUGCAUUGAUGAUAAUCUUGAUAUGGUAAAAUUUCUUGUGGAAAAUGGCGCUAGUAUUAAUCAACCAGAUAAUGAAGGCUGGAUACCACUGCAUGCUGCUUCAUCCUGUGGAUACCUUGACAUAGCUGAAUAUUUAAUUACUCAUGGAGCGAAUGUGGGAGCAGUAAAUAGUGAAGGAGACACUCCGUUAGACAUAGCUGAGGAAGAGCCAAUGGAAGAACUGCUUCAAAAUGAAGUUAAUCGUCAAGGUAUUGAUGUUGAAGCAGCUAGGAAAGAGGAAGAAAGGAUAAUGCUUCGAGAUGCAAGACAAUGGCUUAACAGUGGGCAAAUAAUUGAUGUUAGGCAUGCAAAAUCUGGUGGCACAGCUCUUCAUGUAGCUGCUGCUAAAGGAUACACUGAAGUUUUAAAGCUUUUAAUUCAAGCAGGUUAUGAUAUUAAUAUUAAAGAUUUUGAUGGCUGGACGCCCCUUCAUGCAGCCGCUCACUGGGGCAAGGAGGAAGCUUGUAAGAUCCUUGUAGAAAAUCUGUGUGAUAUAGAUGCUGUCAAUAAAGUGGGUCAAACUGCAUUUGAUGUUGCUGAUGAAGAUAUUUUAGGAUAUUUGGAAGAACUUCAAAAGAAGCAAAAUCUGCUACUUGGUGAAAAACAGGAAAAAUCACCAUUAAUUGAGUCCUCUACUACAGAAAACAAUCAGUCGCUGAAAACACUGAAAAACAAAGAGACCUUAAUUAUCGAGCAUGAAAAGCCUAUCUCAACUAUAGAGUCUCUUGAGCAAGAGAAGGCAGAUGAAGAAGAUGAUGGGAAAAAAGAUGAAUCUAGCUGUUCCAGUGAGGAAGAGGAGGAAGAAGACUCAGAGUCUGAAGCAGAAACUGAUAAAACCAAACCGUCUGCAAAUAGUACAAACAGCCGAUCCCAGCUGACCACCAUAACUGCUCCUGCUUCAACAGUACCAUCUGGGCAAGUCACCCCUACAUCGCCAGUGAAAAAGUAUGAUUUCAUGGCACCUUUCAUGCCAGUGGUGGAGUCUGCACAUCCUACUUCAUGGAGACAGGGCUUGCGCAAAACUGGCAUAGUCCUUGUGCCAAGUAAAGGUGACAAGUCCAUGUUCCCCACUCCAGCAACCAAAAUUUCCCCUAAAGAAGAAGAAAGGAAAGAUGAAUCGCCAGCUUCCUGGCGUUUAGGACUUCGCAAGACGGGAAGUUAUGGGGCUUUGUCUGAGAUUACUGCAUCGAAAGAAGCUCAGAAGGAGAGAGACUUUACUGGUGUCAUGCGCUCAGCCUCCAGUCCUAGACUUUCUUCUACCCUAGAUAAUAAAGAAAAGGAGAAGGAUGGUAGAGGGGCAAGGCUUGCAUAUGUUGCUCCAACAAUACCUCGGCGACUUGCAAGUACUUCUGAUAUAGAAGAAAAAGAAAAUAGGGAAUCCUCUUUUGGUUUAUCUCGUAUCGGGGGAUCCUAUACAAGAAGAAAAUGGGAGGAUGACCUGAAGAAAAACAGUUCUGUUAAUGAAAUUUUAAAUACAACCUAUCAAAGAAGUGGUUCCUUUGGCAGAAGGCAAGAUGAGCUACUUAGUUCUAGUGUUCCAAGUACAACUUCUGGAUCAACACCAACAGUUACCUCUUCUGGACUUACAAGGAGUCUGUCCAGCACUAUUAGUACUGCAAAGAGUACAGUGGGUUCUUCAGGCUUACCCAGCAGUACCUCAAACCGUUUGUGGGCAGACGAUAGCUCUGAAAAAGACAAGGAUACUGUCCCUACUGCAGUCACCAAUCCUGUUGCACCAACCGUUGUAAAUCCCACCACUACUUUCACCUCUAUGACCACCACUUCCACUGGCACUGUUCCUUUCACAGCGGAGGUCAGGGAAAGACGCAGGUCGUAUCUCACGCCAGUUCGGGAUGAAGAAUCAGAGUCCCAAAGAAAAGCUAGAUCAAGACAAGCCAGACAGUCCAGAAGAUCAACACAAGGUGUUACAUUAACAGACCUUCAAGAAGCUGAGAAAACAAUUGGUAGAAGUCGCCCUACUCAAACCAGAGAUCAAGAAAGUGAAGAAAAAGAAAAACAAGACAAAGAAAAACAAGAAGACAAAAAAGAAUCUGAGAAUAAAAAUGAUGACUACCGCUACAGAUUCUCGCGCAAUAUGGAAGAGAGAUACAGGCCGUUAUCAGCAAGUACUACUGUCGUAUCAUCGUCUACACCAUCACUUUCUUCAUCUACUGGUUCUUUAUUUACUUCAAGUCAAUUAAACCGACCAAGUAGUCUAACUGGGCUCUCUUCUUCGUACUCAAACUUCUCCAGGCUUUCAUCGAAAGAGCCAGAAAGAGAUGAAAAGAGAGAGGAGGAGAGAGAGUCUGAAGACAAAUCUCAGUCUAAAUCAAUACGAGAGAGACGGAGACCAAGAGAAAAAAGGCGUUCUACAGGUGUUUCAUUUUGGACUCAAGAUAGUGAUGAAAAUGAACAAGAUCAGCAAUCUGAUACAGAUGAGAGUUCAAAUAAGAAGGACAGUCGAACGGACAACUUUUCCAGGUAUCCCACAGGAUCUACAGGCGUUCUAUCCAGCGAUAGACUUGAAUCAAAUGUUGGAUCUUCUAGUUAUUUAGAUAGAGGAAAACUUGGUUACAGUAGAUUACACAAAGAUGACACCACAGACUUUAAAAAGUUGUAUGAACAAAUCGUAGCAGAAAAUGAAAAACUGAAGGCCCAGUUGCAUGACACCAACAUGGAGUUAACGGAGCUCAAGUUACAACUUGAAAAAGCUACACAGAGGCAAGAACGUUUCACUGACCGAUCACUUUUAGAAAUUGAAAAAAGGGAAAGAAGAGGUCUGGAGAGACGGAUAUCUGAGAUGGAAGAAGAACUUAAAAUGUUACCGGACCUAAAAGCAGACAACCAGAGGCUAAAAGAUGAAAACGGAGCCUUAAUAAGAGUUAUAAGCAAACUUUCCAAAUAAAGAGGUUUUACCACAGUAAAGAUUUAAUGGCAUUGCACAUAAGUUACUCCAGUGGACCAUAAUGUUGGCAAUCACUGGAUACAUGGGGGAAUAUUCCUUGGCGACUGUAACUUUAAAAAAUCCUGCCAAACUCCCUCUCACCUGUAUUUCGUUUUUUUUUUGUUUUGUUUUUGUACAAAAAGUUUGUUUUGUAUUAAAGCGCGGCUGCUGAGGAGACAAAAUGACUAUGAAUUCUUGUUUACAGUUACAACGUGCAAGGAAAGUGUUCAAGGCCAGACGCCUCCUAUAUGUAACCAGUAAGCCUUAGUUGUACAUAAGCCUUUUGCAAUCAAAAAGCUUUCUGCUACCACAAAAGACUUUGACAUAGUUUGUUGUGCCACACAUCAAAUCCUUCUCUUCGCUUUAUUACUUUUAUAUAUAUAUAUAUAUAUAUAUAUAUAUAUAUAUUAUUUUUUUUUUAACUGCAUUCGUGUCUGCCGCUUUCUUUAUGCACUGCUUAUUGACCACUUAUUGUAGAAGUAGGCUUUCUGGCCGUUCUUGCUGGUACUUGUAUUUUGGCAACAGUCACAUGCUGCACAUGCUUAUGUAUUGGUUUACAGUGGCUACAACUGUUACCAUUACUGCAGCUUCUGGAUAUCCGUUUUCCCAUUGCUUACAUUUGACUACUCAGACGUUAGUUGGGGCAGUUGCAUUUAUCAUUUGUGUAAAAUGCAUUACAUUUCUGGAUCCUAGUAAUGGCUGUUACCCCCCUAGCUGUCGCUUAUUAUUAUUGGUUUUUUUAAGAAGGCUUCAAUGAGAUGUUUGUUCAGUACUAUAGCUUUCACACUCAUUUUAGUAGGUACAGAGUGAGUGAAUGUGUAUAUAUUUGUGUGCUUGUAUAUAUAAAUAUAUAUAGAUUUGCUAGUCUAUAUCUAUAUAUACAUAUAUAUGGAGAACCUGUAUUAUGUUUCCAAACCACUGUGUGGCAUGCUCAAAUCGUUCUCUCUGCAGUGUCUGUUACUCAAGGUUAGAUAUUUCCUAAAUAGUUAUCUUAAUAAAGUUCAGUCAUUUUAUAGUAUAAAUGUCUAUUUUAUGGAGGCGUGACUUUAGUUAUAACUGUAAAAUAUUUUGAUUUUGUUAUUUUCUUUUGAAGUCACAACUAUUAAAAGUUUAUUAUUAUUUCACUACAUUUCAUGUUUCUUUGAGUACCAUUAAUAUCAUUUGUGCUAGCCAGAGUGAAGUCACUAUGCUUAUACUCCUAACAUGCACUCUGUUGUGUAAAUGCACUGUUGCCAUGCCAGAAGGCAUGUAAUUUAAUACCACUUCAUAUCUAUCAAUUUUCUACAUUUCAGUGGCCUUUUUGCAGAAAGUAACCAAUAUUUUAAAUACGUAUGUGCAUUCAGCUCAGUGAGAGUUGCUGCUUUUUUUUGGGUAGACCGCUUUUAUAUUUCCACUGACCGAUACAAACAACGUGAUACUGGCACAUGAAUCUAAUUCACUGAAAAAGCUCCGUCAUUAAAACAAAAGUUGUAAAUUGAAAAGCUUACAGCAGCUAUUGUGUUGUUGACUAUAAUGUAUACUAUAUUAAAUGUGAAUUUGUACCCCUUUAAUUUACAAACAGGUCAUUGUGAUCUACUGCCUAUAUUUUGUGGGUUUUUGGUUAUCCAAACUUAAUGCCCUCAUGUUCGGUUUCCAGGUUUUAUGAAAAUACAUUGCCUUGCUCUUACUGCCAAGCUCAGGAUUCUUUUUAAAAGGUACAGAGAUAGUUUGGGGAUUUUGUUAUAUUCAUUUAUUAUGUAUGUGGGGUGUAACGGAUUUGCAUCUUGAAGAUGCAAGUAUAAAAGUGUAAAAGUCUGUACAGCAAAUGAAGCUGCACGUUUCUGGAGUUGCAAGAUUACUUAUUAUGGUUUAUACUUGGUAAAGCUUGGGUGUCUGUGAAGAAUGAGGAAAUAUUUCUAAUUUAGUAUUUUAUAUUUAGUUUAUUUAUUCUUUAUCGAAACAGAUUGGCUACUGUGCUACAUUGAUUUUAUUGGUGGUCCUGAGCAGGCUCUGUAUCUGCAUGAAACUAGUAACAAUCCUUAUCUUUUGGAGAAAAAUGUAUUUUGACAUAUACAAAUAAAAAUGAAUUAAACUAUU